AUGUCUUUCCAGUACUCUGUCCCCAAUCCUCCUGUGCCUCUUCCCCAAGUGCCAGGACCUAAGCUGGCCCAUUUCACCCCCGAUGCGCAUGCCGAGAUCAAGUUCAUAGAAAACCUAGGCAACCCAGACGACCUCGACAGUCAAGUCUGGAAAGCAGAGAUCAACGGGACAGUCUACUCCCUUAAGAUGGCAUACGUGGACUAUUACGAUCCUUUCAACUGCGAGUGUCGCGCCUACGGAGACAGACCGUGGGGGCGAUGGGAGGAGCACCGGGGACAGCCCAUCCGCGCCAUUGUCAAGGAGCUCGCGGAGGACGACGACCUCGACGAGGCGUUCAAUACGGGCCGGAUCUCUACAAGCACCAUGUGGCGGGAUCUGGAGGAUCUGCACGCCCUUGGCAUUCUGGUGCGGGACAUCUACCUGGACAAUUACAUUGGCGGCAGGCUGGUCGACUUCAGCCGGGCCUGGACCGGAUAG